UUCUUCCCGCCCUGGACUCACAAGGGGGCUUGUUCCCCGGAGAUGUAUUUACUGCAGGUUGACGUUGCUCAUCGUAUUGUUUUAAGAAUAAUCAUUUUCCCAGAUUUCUAUUUCAGAUUCAAGCCGCUAUCCAGAGCAUCAUUCUGUUAGAUCGUCUGGUAUCAAGUAUUUCGACACAGUAGUUCGCUUCCUCUCCAUACAUUUGCCCACAUCAAAAUGAGUUUUAGAAUUGCUUCUAUGUGGGAGGCUCCUGAAGUCAAUCCAGUUAAUGGAAAAGCGCGAUCUAUUCCAAUGUUGAAUCCCAUCAAUAAGUAUGGGAGGGUAUACUUCUUCUCUUGGUUUGGAUUCAUGAUUGCUUUUCUGGCGUGGUAAGUUUUGUCGCUAUGGAGGUUUGUCGGAUCUUUGCUAACCAUAGAUAGGUAUGCCUUUCCGCCUUUGGUAAUUUGACAACAGAACCCCUGCUCAAAGCUCGAUUCUAAUAUUCUUGCAGCUAUCCGAUGCAAUCAAGCACGAUCUCAAAUUGAGUCAGAUUGAAAUUGCCAACUCCAACAUUAUUGCUCUUACAGCCACGUAAGUUCUUCCUCUUCUAUAAGGGAUCACCAUCUAAAAGUAUCUCAGACUUCUCGUCCGACUUGUCGCGGGUCCAGCAUGUGAUGCUUUCGGCCCUCGAAUAACAUUCGCAGCAUGUCUUCUCCUCGGUGCAAUUCCCAGUGUUCUUUCCGGCACCAUUCACAACGCGAUGGGUCUAUACUUCAUCCGAUUCUUUGUCGGAAUCCUAGGAGGAUCAUUCGUCCCAUGUCAAGUCUGGUCCACCGGCUUCUUUGACAAGAAUGUUGUAGGAUCCGCCAACUCUCUCACAGCCGGCCUAGGAAACGCAGGCGGAGGAAUCACAUACUUCGUUAUGCCAGCCGUCUACGAUUCCCUUCGCCAAAAACAGGGCCUAAGCGAACAUGUCGCAUGGAGAGUGUCCUUCAUCGUCCCUUUCAUUCUGAUCACCUCCGUAGCAAUCGCACUCUUCCUUCUAUGUGAGGACACCCCAACAGGGAAAUGGUCUGAACGUCAUCUAGCCGUACAGCAAAACCUUCAAUCCCACGGCCACAACCACAGCAAUGGAGUAGUCAACAUCCCAGGCGGCAUAACUGACAAAACAUCCACCCCCGCCCACACCACAGGAACCAUGACCCCAACUUCUACCUCCAACGAGAAAGUCGACGAAGAAGCCGCCCAAGCCGCACGCUCAAAACAACCCUCCUCCUCCCAACAAAAAGACGCCUCCCUUAAUCCCGCCAUCCUUGAUGCCGCGAAGGGAGAAGUCAUCCAGAAACCCUCGUUCCGCGAGGCUAUGCAGGUCAUCUUCACACCCCAGACUCUCGUCGUAGCCUCCUGCUACUUCUGCACCUUCGGCGCCGAACUAGCCAUAAACUCCAUCCUAGGAGCCUACUACCUCAAACAAUUCCCUCGACUAGGACAAACUGGCACCGGAAACUGGGCCGCCAUGUUCGGGCUCCUCAACGUCGUCUUCCGCCCUCUCGGCGGCAUCGCAGCCGACUUCCUCUACAAACGCACCACCUCUCUCUGGUCCAAAAAGGUCCUCCUCCACGCCCUCUCCAUUUUGUGCGGCGUCUUCCAAAUCAUCAUCGGCGUCACGAAUCCCGCGAGCAGUAGUAUGAUGUUCGGGCUCAUCGCCGGCAUGGCGUUCUUCCUCGAAGCGGGGAAUGGAGCAAAUUUCGCGCUCGUGCCGCAUGUGCAUCCGUAUGCCAAUGGGAUUAUCUCUGGUGUGACGGGUGCGUGUGGAAAUCUAGGGGGGAUUGUUUUUGCGAUUAUUUUCCGGCAGCAGGGGAGGGAUUAUGCGAGGACGUUUUGGGUUAUUGGGGUUAUGACUGUGGCGAUUAAUGUGGCGAUUUGUUGGAUUAGACCGGUGGGUGGGAGGAAAUAG